UCAUCCUUGAAUCCAAACCUCUUCAUUAUCUUCUCAAUUCCUUCUUCCUCUGCCUUUUUGAAGUGAAAAAAAUGAACAAAAUAGGCUUAGCUUUAGCUACUUCUAUCAUAGGAUUAUGCUUUCUUAUUAUGAAUGUUGAUGCCUUUAGGGCUUCUGGAUGGCAAAAGGCUCAUGCAACUUUCUAUGGUGGUAGUGAUGCUUCUGGAACUAUGGGUGGAGCUUGUGGGUAUGGGAACCUAUACUCGGCUGGGUAUGGGACAAACACUGCAGCUCUAAGUACUGCAUUGUUCAACAAUGGUGCAUCAUGUGGGCAGUGUUAUAAGAUCAUGUGUGAUUACAAGACUGAUCCCAAAUGGUGCAUUAAGGGUAGUUCAGUUACUAUUACUGCAACCAAUUUCUGCCCACCAAACUAUGCAUUACCAAACAAUGCUGGAGGUUGGUGUAAUCCUCCUCUUCAACACUUUGACAUGGCUCAACCUGCUUGGCAGAAGAUUGGGAUUUACAGAGGUGGAAUUAUUCCUGUCUUGUUCCAAAGGGUUCCUUGCAUGAAGAAGGGAGGAGUGAGAUUCAGCAUCAAUGGAAGAGAUUACUUUGAGCUUGUACUAAUCAGCAAUGUAGGAGGAGCAGGAUCUAUCAAAUCAGUACAGAUUAAGGGCUCUAAAACUAACUGGAUGGCCAUGUCUAGAAACUGGGGUGCUAAUUGGCAGUCAUUAGCUUACCUUAAUAGACAAUCACUUUCCUUCAGAGUCACCUUAACUGAUGGACAAACCCAAGUUUUCAACAAUGUUAUUCCUUCUAAUUGGCAAUUUGGUCAGGCAUUUUCGAGUCGAGUUCAGUUCAAGUAAAAUCACAAUGCAAGGCUUUAUGCAGUAACAGUUUGUGGGUUUUGAACUUUUGAUCGAGUAUAUAAUAUAUCGUCAGACCUCAAUUAAGCCGAGGAAACUUUCAUAGGCAGAGGCAUGCUCAUUGCUUUUUAUUUCUCUGAAGCAGCCCGCCAAAUUCUCAUUGGAACGAUGGAUGAUUAACAAUGGAGGAUUACUCAUGAACUUAAGUAUACUGCUAAUGCUUAUUUCAUACAUAAAAAGGGAUUUAAUUAAAUCCUAUAAUAUUAUAUAGUCUUGCACACACUUAAAUUGGUAAGAAAGUUUUUUUAUUGUUGUUUUCAACAUUUAUACAUAGAUUUUGUAAUUUUCUUUUGGUUUGUUUUGUGUGAUCAACAAGAGUGAAGUGUUUUGUACUGCAAUGUUAUAUAAGAGAAAGAAAUAAAUUUACUAUAGUUUUGGAUAUAAA